AAAAGGUCCAAGUCGUCCCAAGAAUUUUCUCUUAACGCUCUCUACAGAAUUACAGUCAAAUAACCAAGAGUUUCUCCAGAGUCAAAUAGGAAUGAUACUUGGAAUCUAGGCCGGGAUCUUCGCUAAUCAGUCUUGUUAAAUUCAUGCUCUCAACUCUCUCACUUGUUUCCACUUUGAAGCUUGAAAUGGCGACCGCAGCUAUGGUGGCGUUGUCAAUACUUUGUCUAAUGAGCUUGAGUCGUGUAGCCGACGCUCAUAUUCAUGGAUUUGGAGAGCAACCACUGGCUAAGAUUGAUAUAUACAAAACCACUCUGGCCCUCCACUCAUCGGCCUCCAUCACAGCUUAUCCAAACCUUCUUGGCUUGAAGGGUGAAGAUACGGAAUGGGUAACUGUGAAUCUUGUGAUCGCUGAACCAUCUGCAGAUGAUUGGGUUGGAGUUUUUUCUCCUGCAAAAUUCAAUUCAUCGUUUUGUCCUCCUGUGAAUGAUCCAAAAGAACAAACUCCGUAUAUUUGUUCAGCCCCAAUAAAGUAUAAGUACGUAAAUUUUUCCAAUUCAAAUUACACGGCAAUAGGCAAAGCUUCGUUGAAGUUUCAGCUGAUAAAUCAGCGGGCGGAUUUCUCUUUUGCAUUAUUCUCUGGCGGAUUAUCAAAUCCCAAACUGGUGGCAGUUUCAAAUUUCAUAUCAUUUGCAAAUCCAAAGGCGCCUCUUUAUCCACGCCUUGCUCAAGGAAAGUCCUGGAAUGAAAUGACUAUAACCUGGACAAGUGGCUAUAACAUAGAUGAAGCUGUACCAUUUGUCGCAUGGGGUCUGAAGGGGGAAACUCCUAAGUAUUCACCUGCCGGAACAUUGACAUUUCAUCAGAACAGCAUGUGUGGCUCCCCUGCACGAACAGUUGGCUGGCGUGAUCCUGGUUUCAUACAUACAAGUUUCUUGAAGGAUUUGUGGCCAAACACUGUGUACGCAUAUAGGCUGGGUAACAUAUUGUCCAAUGGUUCAUAUAUCUGGAGCAAGAGCUAUUCAUUCAAAUCAUCCCCAUAUCCAGGGCAAGACUCAUUACAGCGCGUCAUUAUCUUUGGUGACAUGGGAAAGGCAGAGCGUGAUGGUUCAAACGAAUUCAGUGAUUAUCAGCCAGGUUCACUUAACACUACUGACCAACUCAUAAGGGACUUGAGCGACAUCGACAUUGUUUUCCAUAUAGGAGACAUAGUGUAUUCUAAUGGAUACAUCUCACAGUGGGACCAAUUCACUGCCCAGGUGGAGCCCAUUGCGUCAACUGUUCCUUACAUGAUUGCAAGUGGCAAUCAUGAACGUGACUGGCCAAAUACUGGAUCCUUCUAUGACACUACAGAUUCAGGCGGGGAGUGUGGCGUGCCUGCUGAAACCAUGUUCUAUGUUCCGGCUGAGAACAGAGCUAAGUUUUGGUAUUCAACCGAUUAUGGCAUGUUCCAUUUCUGUAUAGCUGACACUGAACACGACUGGAGGGAGGGAUCGGAACAGUAUAAGUUCAUUGAACGCUGUCUUGCAUCUGCAGACAGGCAGAAGCAACCUUGGUUGAUCUUCGCAGCUCAUCGUGUACUUGGAUAUUCCUCUGACUACUGGUAUGGCCAAGAAGGCUCAUUUGAAGAGCCAAUGGGAAGGGAAAGCUUGCAAAGGCUAUGGCAGAAGUACAAGGUGGAUAUUGCAUUUUAUGGUCAUGUGCACAACUAUGAAAGAACAUGCGCCAUAUACCAGAAUCAAUGUGUAAACGAAGAAAAACAUCAUUAUUCCGGCACCGUGAACGGAACAAUUCAUGUUGUGGUGGGUGGAGGAGGGAGCCACCUAUCAAAAUACAGUGAUGUUGUUCCAAAUUGGAGUCUUUACAGGGAUUAUGACUUUGGAUUCGUCAAGUUGACAGCAUUUGACCAUUCUUCACUCCUCUUCGAAUACAAGAAAAGCCGCGACGGAAAGGUGUAUGAUUCCUUCACCAUUUCACGCGACUACAGAGACGUUUUGGCCUGCGUACCCGAUGGCUGUGCAGCAACUACUUUGGCAAGCUGACCAAAAAAGAAUAAUCUUUGUGAUUAAUUAUAUUAUUUUUUUUAAUACCGCAGAGAAAAUAUGUUUGUAGUUGGAAUCGAACUUUAAACACACAUAUGUCUAAUCCAACCGAGUCGCCUCUCGUUGGUAAUUAAUUA